AUGCCUCCCAACCAGCAGCUCGUCCAAUCUCGCGGCAUUUACCACGGCCUCCCCGUCCACGAUGCCUCCCUCAAAGGCCUCACCGCCAUAAUAACCGGCGCAAACGGCAUCUCGGGAAACUACAUGCUGCGUGUGCUAGCGCAGGAUCCGGAGCGCUGGAGCAAGAUAUAUUGUCUGAGUCGGAGACCGCCUGCGAUUCCGGACGGCCUACCGAGUAAUGCGGAGCACAUCCCCUUGGACUUUUUAAAGGAUAAAGAGGAGAUUGCCAACGUGCUGAGGGAGAAAGGGGUUAAGGCAGAUUACGUGUUCUUUUAUAGCUAUGUGCAGGUCAAGCCGAAAGAGGGUGGUGGGCUAUGGAGUGAUGCCGAAGAGAUGUGCAGGGUGAACGUGGCACUCCUCCAGAAUUUCCUCGAAGCCUUACCCUUGGCAAGCAUAAAGCCCAAGCGCAUCAUGCUGCAGACCGGCGCAAAGAAUUACGGCGUGCACCUCGGUCCCGCGGCUACUCCCCAGGAAGAACACCACCCGCGCGUAACGCUAGAGCCAAACUUUUACUAUGCGCAGGAAGACUUCCUCUGGGAAUUUUGCCGCGCGCAGGGCAUAGAGUGGAACGUAGCUAUGCCGUCUUUCAUCAUGGGCGCCGUACCCGAUGCGGCUAUGAACCUCGUCUACCCCCUCGGCAUCUAUGCCUCCGUCACCGCACAUCUCAAGGCUACACUGGAAUUCCCGAGCGACUUGAAAGCUUGGGAAGCCACGCACGUCGGCAGCUCUAGCAUGCUGAAUGCGUACCUCGAAGAAUGGGCCGUCCUGUCUUCACAAGCGUCGAACCAGAGAUUCAACGCCGCGGACUCCUCGCCCUUCACGUGGGGAAGCUUCUGGCAGAAGAUGGCGGGAUGGUACGGCGUUGAGUGCGGGCGGCCCUCAUUUAGGAAGGAGGACUACACGGCGAUAACGACCCCGCAUGAGCCGCCGCCCAGGGGAUUCGGCCCCCCGGCUACGUACCAUAUACGCUUUACGCUAACGAGCUGGGCGAAGCAGCCGCAUGUGCAGAAGGCGUGGGCGGAGAUUAUCGAGAAACAUGGCUUGAAGAAUGCGCAGAAGCUGGAGGAUAUGGAUAUUGAUCGGAUUUUUGCGUUUGCGGAUGGGAGUAUGAUAGGAGGGACGUUGGAUCUGAGUAUGAACAAGGCGAGGAAGAUGGGGUGGCAUGGGUUUGUGGAUACGAGUGAGAGUAUGAGGGAAGUUUUAAGUGAAUUUGCAGAAUUGGGAAUGUUGCCACCUUUGUCCAAGUGA